AUGGGACGAAAGAUUCGUCUUAGUAUUCGAAGAUUUGGUAGAUCUAGUGAAAAGGUACCCGGACGAAAAUCACUAGAUGCAUCGACUCGUAAAUCGAUGGAUGUAACACGUAAAUCUAUGGAUGUUUCGGAAACUCCUAUUCCUGAAGAAGAUGAUCAUGAGAAGAAGAAAGUACCGAUUGGUGAUAAGUUGAAAGGUGUUUAUGAGGAAGUUAAGGGUCGUGUUAAAAAGGAUCCUGAGGCAGUUGCUUACGGUAAAGCUUUACGAAGUGGAGAUUUGAAUGUUUAG